UAUUUGGCAGCUGCUCAGCUCAGAGAUGGCUCAGAAUGUGCCAAUGGUCGAGGAUGAAGAAAGCUUCUACAUUGGAAGUAGAGUCCAACCCGUGCCCUCAACGCCAAAGCCAGAUCAAAGUAGAUUUGAGGAUGGGAAGAGCAAUACUUGUAAUUUGAGUGAGAUGUUGGGCUUGGAGGAGUUCUUCUCUUUGAAUGUGUGGAGAGCAUCUUUGGCAGAGCUAAUUGGCACGGCAAUCUUUGUUUUUGCAAUUGACACAGUAGUCAUAUCCUCCUAUGAAACCAAAACAGAAUCACCAAAACUUUUGAUGUCACUCCUUAUUUCCAUCAUCAUCGCAAUUCUCCUCCUCGCCGUCAAUCCGGUUUCCGGCGGCCACAUCAACCCUGCCAUCACCUUAGCGGCGGCGCUUGUCGGCCUCAUUUCCCUUUCGCGGGCGGCGAUAUACAUUUUGGCACAAUGUGCUGGUUCUGUGCUGGGUGCACUAGCACUCAAGGCCGUGGUCAACAGCACCAUUGAAGACACAUUCUCCCUUGGCGGCUGCACUCUCACCGUCGUUGCGCCGGGACCGAAAGGGCCGAUUUCCAUUGGGCUUGGGACAAGCCAAGCCCUCUGGCUGGAGAUAAUAUGUACAUUUGCGCUUCUUUUUGCUUCAAUAUGGAUAGCUUUUGAUCAUCGCCAAGCCAGGGUUUUGGGCCGAGUUAUCAUUUUCUCCAUCAUUGGAAUAGUAGUGGGCCUUCUUGUGUUUGUGUCUACGACUGUGACGGGAGCCAAGGGCUACGCCGGUGCUGGAAUGAACCCAGCAAGGUGUUUGGGCCCAGCAAUUGUUAGAGGGGGCCACCUCUGGAAUGGGCACUGGGUUUUUUGGGCUGGGCCCACAAUUGCCAGCGUGGCAUUUUAUCUCUACACUAAGAUUAUCCCACGUCAGCAUUUCCAUGCCCAUGGGUAUAAACAUGAUUUCCUGAACAUUUUGAAGGCUGUCUUUGCAUCGGACUCUGUUACAAGCUAAGGUAGGAAAAGUUAUAGCAAAAGUUCUGUAACUCUUUUGCAAUGAUGCAAUAACUCAGCAUCAGUCUCUGAUUACGAUGUGUUUUUACGUUUUCUAAUGAAAAAUCAAUUACCCCAUAUCA